CAUCCGGGGCAGUCAACAGAGCCGUUGGGGCCGAGAGUUAGCAACAUGGAGGACGAGAUUCCUUCCCUUGCCACACUGUUGGAUAUGGACUCUGAGAACACGCCGCCACCAGUACUUCCUCUCACAGAUCACCAUGACAUUCCUUUCGGUCUUUCAGGAGACCCGGAAGUCGAGGAUGACAUAGCUUCCGUCAUAUCGUCUUACGCUGCGUCUAUUUUCUCGGUACAGUCGCUGGCGUCGUCAGCAACAGGUCUCUCGAAGGGGAGUGGCUAUUCCGCAAAACAAAUAGCCACCGCCACGAAAGAGCUCGUUGCUAUUUUCCAAGGGGACGAGGUUCUUGUGCCACUCUACAUGAGUGCUGUUGAAGAUCCGAGCAUAGGGCCGGAAAGAUUAGAGCGAAAUCUACGGCGCUUAUUCAAGAAGUAUGCUGAGCAUCUGAAAGUCGAGGCAAAAGACCAAUUGGAAUAUCUGGCUGCUCGUCUUGUAUCAUUGAAGGCGAGGUUUUUGGCGCAGUCGAUUGUUGAAUGGUUCGACAGUGGUAGCCCUAGCAGUUCCAAAGGAAGACGAGAGGUGAAGGAUGAGAGUUCAGAGGAGGACGAAGAUGAAGCGCGGCCGUUUGACGACACAGCCUUUGAAGACCUCGACAUCUUCCGUGAGUUUCUUGUAGGCAGCGAUGCGUUCCAGACGCUCCGUACUCAGCUACGGGUUUUUGUUCUGCCAGUGCCUCUUCAAUCUGCAUUGCCAGACGAGAACGUUAGGGAGCAGGACGUGGGUGGGGUGUGCUCGAAGGUUGAGUGCUCGGAGAUGCUACGAAGCCGGUCCGCUCCCGCAUUGUCCGGCUGGUUGAAGCAUGCUUUAAAUGCUUUCUUUAUUGCCACCGGACAGUUGGAGCAUCCCCUUGAGUCAGGCAAAGUUCGGCUUAAGUGGCAGUGCGGCUGCGGAGAAAUGUUCAGUGGUGAUGUCACAGAACUCCAGAACGGCGGCGUCGCGGAGUUGAUCACGCGUAUAGAACGCGUAACGGGAGCCAAAGUCCUCGCCACGCAGUAUAGCCCGGACAACACCAACCAGAAAUUCGCAUACCCACGUCUUGAUCUAUGGCUCCAGAAUGGCUUCCGAAAACUCGCGGCGACUUUCCGACGACAAUCGAAAGUAUGCACCCUACCGCAGCACAAUAGCUCCAGCUCUACGACAGUGCGCUCUGCCCCAGUUGGCCAUCCACCCCAACAACAUAUGCUUCACCUCCUCGCCUGCAUGCACCAAGGCCGCUUCGGGAAGACCCUUCAUCAAGACCCUAUGGAGAACAUAGACAGCGAUCGCACUCUCUUCUGCUUCCUCAAGCGACAAUACACUCGCCAUCGCGGCCGCCUCUGCACGUUGCUCUCCCUGAAAAGCGUCAAGGGGAUCUUCUUCAUUAAAUUUCGCCUUCCCAUGGGUGGCAGCGUGGAAGUGAGGCACCACAACCCCUGUUGCAUCCCCGCGACCUGCGAAUGCAUACCACCCAUAGACCGGGUCGAGCCCUCUCCGCAAGCGGAAUAUCGAUGCAUCCCUGGUCCGCCAAUGGUUUGGCCGCCUAUCGACCCCCACUACCUUAUGCACCUCUUCACCUCUCCAACCUGCAUGAACGAAAAUGACACCUGGAUCUUAGAUCAGCUCCCCAAGCGGACUUGCGGCGAACUGAAAGGCAAGGCGGGGCAGCCGGCAGAGGGAUGGGGUAUCUACUACCAAGAGGGCUGGGAUAAAGACAUCAUUACGCUAGUAGUCUUUGCGGUGUUUUUGGUGGCGAGCCUGGUGUUUGGGGUCCUGUGGUCGAAGUAUAAGAUGGACGUUCAAGGGGCUUUUGGCGUGAGUGCGUAUAUCAUGGCUGCAUGUGGGAUCGCCAUCUCGCUCGUUGCUAUGAGGGCGGAUAGGGUAUGAUCUGUGCAGUCUCUUCGGCGUCUGACGGGACAGGACGGCCGGGGGAUACUUCUGUGGGCCAAAUAAGACGUCCAGACAUAUCUAGCAUCCUGAGCUUCGGUCCCCUCGAUCCCCCGUCGUAUUCGAGAGGGGCGCACGCUGCAGGCCCGACCUCGCUUACUCCCCUUUCUUCAACGCCUUUUACGACAUUGGGUGCACGGCGUCUCCUUGGAUCACUGGCGAAGCGAACACAUUCACCUAUUACAAAAGAGCAUAUCCACCAUGCUCCCAGAAACAACAGCCUAACUAUAGAAAAC